UAAAUGAACAUGGGUGAAAGAGUGUUGUGAAAGAAGCCAAAGAGUGUGAGAGAGAGAGAGAGGAAGGAUGAUGAUUCCGUUAAGAUUGAGUGCCGUGUCCUGAACCCACCGACACUACUCAGUCUCGAUAGGGUUUAGGUUUCCUCGUUCGGCCCUGUCCUGCCCUGCCCUUCUCUUCAAACUUGGAAUACGUGCGUGUGUCUCCAUGAACCAGACGAAGAACUAUAAAGCAAGCAAACCAUCUCUCAUGCUCCUCCUAUUCUCGUCGCUAUUGCAUAUAUAUACAUGUCUCUUCUUUCAAUCUGUACAGAGAUUCAAAGCUGACGCGAACAGUUCUUUUCAAACUCUCUAAUAAGGGGAGAGAGGCGGAGCAGAGCAGGACAUUUCCUUCAAUUUAAUCGAGAGAGAGAGAGAGAGAGGGAGAAUGGCUUCAUGGAGCAACAACAACAGCAUCAAUAGCAAUAGCAAUGCUAAUGAUCGGUCGGAGAUAGUAUUCUUCGAUUUGGAAACGACAGUGCCCUUCCGCAAUGGGGCCCAGAAGUUUGAGCUGUUGGAAUUUGGGGCUAUCCUGGUUUGCCCUAAGAAACUGGUUGAGCUUGAGAGCUUCUCCACGCUGGUGCGGCCUUCCAACCUCUCCUCUGUCUCUCCCACCUCCGUCAAGUGCAAUGGGAUUACCAGGGACAUGGUCGCCACCGCUCCCACGUUCCUAGAAAUCGCUGACCGUGUCUAUGACAUUCUCCAUGGGAGGGUGUGGGCGGGACAUAACAUAGUGAGGUUUGACUGUGCGCGCAUUCGUGAGGCCUUUGCGGAUAUUGGACGGCCUGCUCCGGAGCCUAAGGCCCUCAUUGAUUCUUUGGCUUUGUUGACCCAAAAAUUUGGCAGGAGAGCUGGAAAUAUGAAGAUGGCUUCUCUGGCUACUUACUUUGGCCUCGGGCAGCAAAAGCACAGGAGUUUGGAAGAUGUUCGAAUGAAUCUGGAAGUUCUCAAAUACUGUGCAACAGUACUCUUCUUGGAGUCAAGCCUUCCGGAGGUACUAUCAAUCAACAGCUUGGCCUCUCCAAAUAUGACUACGAGAAGUCGCACAAACGGGAAUUCACCCCCCAAAGGAACGAGCACGCCUUCCCUGGGUGUUAGGAUUCAGGGGGUAUCAAUCUCUCCAUCAUCAUCAUCAUCUCCUGGGAAUGGUGAGCCCACAAAGGUUUUUGCUCCUCCUGAAUCAAAUACAUCAUCAAUGAUGCCAAAUGCUGAUCCUAUCGGCUUCUCUCAGCUUAUCGAUCAAAUGAGAACAGACCCUACGCGAGCCUCCUCCGCAGUGGACGAAGAAAAUCCUGUUUCAAACACAUGCGGAGUGCUCUCUAACAUGGAGGCACCUCCACCUCCUCCUCUUGUGUUAGAACGGAAUUCUUUCUUGGAACCCAAUCAAGUGUCACCAUUGUUGAUCCAUGCAUCCCUUGUUCCAUAUUUCCGAGGGUGUCAUAAGGUUGCUGUUUUUCACGGGGAUGAUCCAUUACAGUUGUGCUGUGCUAAUAUGAGGGUUCGUUUUGGGGUGAGCUCGCGGUUUGUUAACCUUGCGGGACGGCCACGGUUGAGUAUUGUGGUUGAGGCACCCCCCCUCCUAUGUCAGGUGCUGGAAAAAUGUGACCAACUUGCCCAAAAAGCAUCUCUAGACAAUGGGAGCAGCUCUGAGUGGAGGCCUGUGCUGAUCAGGAAGAACGGCUUCUUUUCAAACUCCAAUCCUUCACCUGCAAUUCGGCUCAACAUACCCACCAUGGCAGUUGGGGACGGUGCCAUCUAUACAACAGAGAUAUCUCAGAGAGAAACCUCAGGGAGCGUCCACAAGCUAGUGUUUAGCAAAGUGGAUACCGCAGAGCUUGAUUCCUUGCUUGUUCCGGGAUGCUUUGUCGAUGGACAUUUUGGUCUGGAUGUAUAUGAUUAUCAGCAAAAUGCAGGCAUCCGGUUGGUUGCCAAGAGAUUGAUUGUUAGGAAUGUGGGAUAGCAUUAAUAGAACUCCUCCCACUGUUCCUAUCUAUUGUGCACUAUGUAUAUGUUUAUCUGACCCAGAAAAGAACGAUAAAGGUCUAUUGAGGGUGGUGCAGUUUCCAAAUUUGUGGUUUCUCUUAUCUGCUUCUACUUUUCUAAGACCAAAAGAUUUCUUUCUGAUUUCCUUUUCCUUUUUUGGGUGUAUAUAGGCCCCGAUACUUGGGGGCUUGGAUUUUAAUUCAACAUUAACUUUGAAAAAAUUUAUGGGCUCUGUUGUUAUGGUGAA